ACUGAUAACCACUUCAAGCCUAAAUCAAUCAACCCUGAACAUAAUCUAACACAUUCCAACACCCGCAAUGGCAGCCACAGCAGCCACAAUGGCCCUCUCUUCUCCUUCUUUCGCUGGUAAGGCGGUUAAAAUCUCGCCCUCCAACGUUCUCAUCUUUGGCGAGGGCCGCAUCACCAUGCAGGAUAAGACUACAUCGAACAGGCCCCGGACUACAGCAGGAAAGUUACGCCCCGCAACUAGCAGCCCAUGGUAUGGCCCGGACCGUGUGAAGUAUUUGGGCCCGUUCUCUGGCGAGCCACCUUCAUACCUCACUGGCGAGUUCCCCGGUGAUUACGGCUGGGACACUGCUGGCUUGUCGGCGGACCCAGAAACCUUCGCUAAGAAUCGGGAGCUGGAGGUCAUCCACUCACGGUGGGCCAUGUUGGGUGCACUGGGUUGCAUCUUCCCAGAGCUUUUGGCUCGCAAUGGCGUAAAGUUCGGCGAGGCGGUGUGGUUCAAAGCUGGUUCUCAGAUCUUCAGCGAGGGUGGGCUUGAUUAUUUGGGUAACCCAAACUUGAUCCAUGCUCAAAGCAUCUUGGCUAUCUGGGCAGUUCAAGUUGUCCUCAUGGGUGCUGUUGAGGGCUAUCGUAUUGCCGGUGGUCCUCUCGGCGAGAUCACCGACCCGCUUUACCCAGGCAAUAGCUUCGACCCGCUGGGCUUGGCCGACGACCCCGAGGCCUUUGCUGAGCUGAAGGUGAAGGAGUUAAAGAAUGGUAGGCUGGCAAUGUUCUCUAUGUUUGGUUUUUUCGUGCAGGCCAUUGUCACUGGAAAGGGACCGCUGGAGAACUUGGCCGACCACCUUGCUGACCCGGUGAACAAUAACGCCUGGGCUUAUGCCACGAACUUUGUUCCUGGAAAGUGAGGAGUUUAAGUUCAGAUUUAAUUGACUAUGGCUUGCUUGGUGCUAGUUCCUUUGAGUUGGACGUGUAAAAC